GUCCGUAACAGUGUCGUCGCAGUCACGAAAUCGAACAAUUAUACAGGGUACCGAGUUAAUUGAAUGUCUCAGUACGAUAUGAGCCAUAAAAGUCUUGGAUGGCCAUUGUUUUUUGACAUUCACGCUAAAUAGUGUAAAACAAAACGUAAAAACCGAGCGUUAUCUACGCGAUAAUGGCGCGAAGCAUAAGCGAAUUGCAGUGGCAUGAGCUGGCAGCGUGACAUUAACAAAGUUAUAAUUGCUAUUUCUAAAAAAGUUUAUACACUUUAGAGACAGACAGAAAUAAUUUAAUCACAGACGAACUCGCUGAUAUCAAUUCUACAACAUUUAUCUUAACACUCAAAGUUUCUUGUGUCACGAGUACAAUAUAAAUAAGUUGUACGCUCUUAGCGCUGCGAUAGCCGAUUGAUCUAGCCAGAAAGACUCAACUGAGUUUCUGUCGAUUCACUUGCAUCCAUAGCCCCGAGAUAUAUGAUAUUGGUGACUAAACAACAUCCGAUCUACAUAAAAGAAGACUUAACCUCAGUUUCCAAGAAAUUCCACGUAGCAAAUACGUAUAAUGAAAACGCUCGACAUGCUCCCUGUUAAAAAUAUGGACACAUUGUUAAUGCAAACGUAUGGCCCCGAUUUUCGAAUACAGGAUGUGGAAUGGAAACAUUUAACAGAUCCGGGAGAAAACUUUGGUAGUAUAAUACUGGCUGUCAAUAUCAACGCCGAGCAUAAUCAUAAGAAGAAAACUCUAAACGUGGUUGUCAAAUUACCGCCGAGGUCAGCGUAUUUGCUAGAGUUGUUUGACAGCCCGUUAACAUUCAAGAAGGAACUGGAAUUUUAUAGCAUGGUAGCACCAGAAUUUUUGAAGUUGCAAAAUGAAAGCGGAAUCCCUCGGGAAUCCCUAAGCGUCAUCGUGCCGAAAUUUUUAGGCGGUAGAUUAGGUUUACGAGAUCCGCAACGUUUCGAUGAACAGGCUGCCAUCGUUUUAGAAAAUCUAAAAAGUUACAAUUAUAUAACGCAAGACCGAAUUGUAGGUCUAGACAAAGUGCACAUGGACUUUGCGAUCAAUCAUUUAGCCAAGCUACACGCCAUAGCAAUCGGCCUGAAGCUCAAGAAACCUGAAUUUUUCAAAAAAACGGUACUCCCUUGUUUAGAAUUCAACCUACAAGAAGCCACGGAAAAGGCAACAGUAGAUAUGAUACAGAAAGCGCAUAAUGAUUAUAAAAAUAUGAAAGAAGCGGAAGCUUAUCUGAAUAGAAUCGAGAAAACAAUCGAAUAUGGAGUUACACAAGAUGUAACGCCGGAAGAACCGUGGGCGACACUAGUGCAUAACGAUUUUUGGGUAAAUAACAUGAUGUUCAAAUACGAGGAGUCGGAUAAGCCGAUCAAUAUGAAAAUUGUGGACUUCCAAUUGACAGUCUACGACUACGGUGUAAACGACCUCAUAUUUUUCCUCAUAUCAAGUUCCCGGAAGGAGGUGCUCGACGAUUAUCUUGACGAUAUGAUUGACUUUUAUUACGACUCUUUUAUCGAGAGUUUAAAAUCGCUAAAUGUAGACACAAACGCAUUUCCCAAGAGCCAAUUUAUGGAGCAAUUGAAUCAAUGUGCACCCAUCAAAUUUAACCAGUGCAUCAUGAUGGUGCAAGUAAUACAAGCAGCGCGUGGCUCCGUUUCACAAACGGCGGAAGAUGCAGACGAAUGCGUUUUUGCAGGUGGGAUCGAUGACGAUAAUUAUAAACAAAAAAUGUUGCACGUCUUACAUACAUUCGAUCGAAAGGGAUGGCUUGUAAAAUGAUUAGACAUAAACUUCUAUCCAUAGAAAAUUAAUCCUUU